AAAACCAUCCUAUUCAGUUUAAUGGAUUGGAUCAAGACAAUUACCCGAUUUAAGUCAUCUAACCAAAUAUAUCCUAAUUAUUUUUAUUAUGCUACGUGUAAUCACAUUUGUAAUCAAUUCUCUAAAAAAAUAAUAUUUCUACAAAGUUCUGUCUAAUUAUUAAUACAGUCAAACCGGCAAAUCGAUCACGUGCCAAUGAUUUUUUUUUUGAUGUCAUGACGUUAUGAUUCCAAUUUUUUUUUGCGAACAAACAAAUGGCUGACAUAACACUAUUUUGUCUUAUUCAAGGAAACGCAAACGCACUUCCUCAAGCUUUUUCCUUAAGUAUUAACAGAAAUGAAGAUAUUGGCCAACUAAAGAAAGCUAUUAAAGCGAAAAAAAUAUCUGAUUUUAAAUUCUUUGAUGCGAAUAGGCUUCGGAUAUGGAAGGUUCAAAUUUGCGCUGAUAAUGAUAAGGAGCUAAGUGAACUUACACUCCAUAACAAUGAACAACUCCUCGCAAAAAUGAAGGUUAAUAGUUAUUUCACCGACAAGCCACUCGACAAUCACAUUCACAUUGUUGUCAAACCACUUGAGCUGAUACAUAUUAGUCUUAAGCUUGUACUUGAAGCGGGACUUUUGAGAGAAGGAGGGAGUGUAGAAUACCUAGGCAGAUAUCGUAUCUAUAGAGCAAUGUUACAUGAGAGAUAUCUUUGUACUGAAGGUGAAAAAUAUUUUUCAUUUACGGAAUUUAUACAAGUAGCAAGGAAAUUAAAACCUGACGAAACACCUACUCCUUACGAUUUUCAGAACCUAAAAAUCAACGGUAUGACUUAUCAGGAAGUCCGAGAUAAGAUCUAUAAGUUUGUUUCUUAUAUGUAUGAAGAUAGUCUCUUCGUUGAUCAUUUUUCAAUUCCUUGGGAUGAUGAUCUUGAGAAUCGCCUCCGCCAGUUACAUUCGGAGAAAGACGUCGUGGACAUAUUCUGGGAUCGAAGUCUUAAAGAAGACGAUACAACUUGGCGUGUAUACGUGGUUUUUCGUGAUAUUCCUUACCUACGCAAAAGGACUGAGACUGUCAUGGAAGAUCAAAUGAUUCGUUUCAUAACAGUAGAGGAAGGGUUUGCUAAUGCUAAAAUUCAACAAUGAAGUCUUCACGAUUCGCAGUCUACCUUAAAAGAGAUCCCAAAAAAAUUGCAGAAGGCUUUUGAUGAAGCCUUAGAUAAUGAGCUGGGGCAAUCUUUCUGUGAAAUGCAUUAUAAUCUGGUCGGCGUGAGCACCGGUUAUAAGCGAAUUCAAGGCAAGCUUACUGAAAUCCCUGCUAUCAUAUUAUAUGUUCG